AUGCCUCCCGCCGAGCUGCACAUCGACCAAUCCCCACUCCGGCUCUGCCACCACUACUUCUACAUCCUGUUUUGGGUUCUGGUGACUGCGAUCAUUCUCUAUGUCCCCGGCGGACUAUCGCUCAUUGAUGCCCUGCUGCUUGCUUCCGGGGCGGCCACACAGGGCGGAUUGAACCCUGUAGACCUCAACAAGCUCCAUGUUGUCCAGCAGAUCGCCCUGUGGGUGAUUCCCAUGGUCACAAACGUGAUCGUUCUCAAUACAUUAAUCGUGUUGCUGCGGCUGUACUGGUUCCGGAACCGGUUUCGGCAUGUUCUCGAUCAAGCAAAGGCGACGUCCGAGUCUGAGGGGAUCCAGGAAUCCAUGGAGAUGAAUCGGUCUGCCCUGAGUGUGGCGGUGUCCCAGGGGAGGACGAGUCAGGAACAGCCCUUGCUGGUGGCCGCGAGUGCAGCCCAAGAACCCGACGAAGGCGAAUCGGGAGACCUGUCUGGGUCGUCGAGAACGGCCAGGUCAAGCGUUUCCAGCUCGACGGGGUUGCAGGUUGCGUUUCGGGAGCCGGAGAUCGAGGACGAACCUAAACACCAUCACGACCGAUCGUAUUCGGAGCAGCAGCGUGGACAUCAUCAUCAUCAUCAUCAUCAUCAUGAUCUGUCAUAUCUUCCCGCGGCGGUGACCAGGCCGCACUCGCUUGCGAAUUACUCCGAUUGGAAUGAGAGACAGAAGGAGGAACUAGGCGGGAUCGAGUACCGGGCGUUGAAGACGCUGCUGGUCAUUUUGCUCUGCUACUUCUUUUUAUUCCACCUCCUGGGCCUGGUGGUCUUUGUGAUCUGGGCUCUAUCGAGCGCGCAGUAUGACCACGUCUUCGACAGCACGGAGGUAAACCAGACCUGGUGGGCGAUCUUCACGGCGGGUUCGGCGUUCAAUGAUCUGGGAUACACCCUCACGCCGAACUCGAUGGAGUCGUUUCGAUCGGCCCCAUUCCCUUUGCUCCUGAUGACGUUUCUCAUCAUCAUCGGCAAUACGGGAUUCCCUUGCAUGCUCCGGUUUAUCAUCUGGCUGCUGUCCAAGGUCACGUCGUGCGGCUCCGCGCUGGACGAGGAACUGCAAUACCUGCUCGAUCGCCCGCGACGCUGCUUCACGCUGUUGUUCCCCAGUGCGGAAACCUGGAGACUCGGGGCGGUGCUGUUGCUGCUCAGCGUCAUUGACCUGGCCAUUUUCUGGGCCCUGGAAACCACUCCAUACCGCGAAGAACAAAUCUCUUUCGGAAUGGAAAUCGUAAACGGGCUGUUCCAGAUCGCAUCCACCCGAACCGCCGGGUUCUCAGCCAUGCCUCUGUCGCAGCUGUACCCCGGCGUGCAAGUGUCCUUCAUCGUGAUGAUGUACAUCUCCGCGUUCCCGACGGCAAUCGCCAUGCGCAAGACCACCGUCUACGAAGAACAGAGCCUAGCAAUCGACGAGGAACCCGACGCCGAACACAGCCAACCAGGCCCCGCACAGGGUCUAGUCGGGCACAUUCAGCGCCAGCUAGGGUUUGAUCUCUGGUUCAUGAUGCUGGGGUUCUUCACCAUCGCCGUGGUAGAGGGCCAGCGACUCCGCCAGAGCAACAACGACGACGCGGCAUUCGCACUGUUUCCCGUUCUGUUUGAGAUUGUCUCUGCGUACGGUACCGUCGGGCUCUCGCUCGGAUACCCGGGCACGGACACAAGUCUGUGCGGCGAGUUUACGAGCGUCUCGAAGCUGGUCAUCGUGGCCAUGCAGGUGCGCGGUCGGCACCGUGGCUUGCCGCAUGCUGUUGAUCAUGCGAUCCUGCUCCCGCGUGAAGCAGGGGUUUCGACGCAGCAAGAGGGCCGAGAAUGGUGGCGGUGGAAGCGUCGAUUCGCUUUUGGGAGGGUUACCCUAGGGUACCAGACCCUAGGGUAUGGUCGGAGUCAAGCUGCAAGCAUUCUAUUUCUAUAUAGAAAAUCCCGGCAGAGAAUCCACAAGGCGAACUCAUCCGUGGUUCAAUUUGCAGUCGGCGCGGAGAGACCGACUCCCCGAUGGGUAACGGUCUAG